UAUUUUUUUUUUUUUUCCAACAACUGGUCUAGAGGGCUGCUGAUAGGUAAGAGCACGAGACUUUUUAAUGCUAGAAAAGACACAUAAUGAAUACAGCAAGAUAAUAUAACUUUGCCUAGGAAUAUAAUUUUGGCUAGGAAUGUUCUAUUUACUACUUCACAAGAGACUUGUUGGGAGUGCAGUACUGAUAAGGACUAAAGUGGAGGACAUCUUAACAAAAUUCAAGAGUCAGCCUUUUCCAGGAGGAUUAUAAACAACUUGCCCAACAUGACAUUUUGGGAAGUUCUAUCGAGUAUGCGCCUAAGAAAUAUGAGGGAAGUCCUGUUCUUGAGUAUUCCAACAUGUUUUUUUAUUGCAGUGUGGUUUACAGGUGAAGUUUCUAUCACCAUCACCGUUGAUCCUUCAGUUGCCCUUGUUGGUGAACAAGUAACUCUGUUUUGCCAGAUGACUCCCAGAAUCCCCUCCAACGCAAGCGUGCUUUGGUACAAAGAGGAAAAGGGAAGAGAUGCUCCACUCUACUCUUCCUCCAGCCUCGAUGGGGAGGUGGAGCAGUGCCAGGAUGAAGAACAGUGCAGGAUUAAAGGGCGCUGGGAGAGAAGAAGAUUUCUCCUGACUAUCCAAAAAGUGCAAAUAGCUGACAGGGGGGUCUACAUUUGUGUUGUGAGUGGCAAUGCUGUCUCCCAGGAGGCUGUCACUUACCUUGAUAUUAUAGCAAUAGGGAACAAACCAGCUUUGGUAAAGGAUCAGCAAAAGGAGAACUUGUGUCACUACACAUGUAUUUCAAAAGGAUGGUACCCAAAGCCUCAAGUCAUUUGGACAACCUAUGGAGGAGGCAAAAAAAAUGUGGAGAUCAAGACCAAUAUCACCUGGAGUGAGACAGACCUUUUUGUAGUACAAAGCAUCAUGGCAGUUCCUUGUGAUGAUGUAGAUGUGAAAUGUGUCAUUACGCUCACCAAAGAAAAGAUAAACCAAACUGGUUCUUUGUAUGAAAUAAUUAUGCAAAAGCCAAGCACUGUACGUACUUGUAUGUACAAAAGCCAAAUGAGAGGUGCCUGUGUAAAUCCCAAGGCUAUUUCAGAUAUUCCCCAAGGAGAACAUCUAUCUUCGUUGACCAAGACAAGCAUUCUAGAGGAGAAGUACAAUAUUUUUGCAAUAGAAAGCUCUGAUGAGAUACGUUGUGGACAUCCACCAGCUGACUUGUCAAAUAAUAGGGAAUCCUAUCUACACAUUGUUCAACAGUCAGAAAACCACGACUGGCUCUGGAUUCUUUAUCUCUUUUGCUUCAUUAUUGCAAUAGGUAAGCUAUUCUACCACGCCAGAGCCCCCAGUUUACAAUUCAUAGCAGAGAACUUUUGA